CCUUCCUCCUCUGCGAGGGCUGGUAACUUGUUGUGCGGAGCGAGCGAGCGAGCGGCACCAUCCAGGCGGGCACCAUGGGCACGUCCGCGGCGCGCUGGGCGCUCUGGCUGCUGCUCGCGCUGUGCUGGGCGUCCGGGCGGAGCGGCGCCAACGGAGCGGGGAAAAAAGGCAAAUGUGAUUCCUCCCAAUUCCAGUGCACAAAUGGCCGCUGUAUUACAAUGUUGUGGAAAUGUGAUGGGGAUGAAGACUGUGCUGAUGGCAGUGAUGAAAAGAAUUGUGAAAAGAAGACAUGUGCUGAGUCUGACUUUGUAUGCAACAAUGGCCAGUGUGUUCCCAGCCGGUGGCAAUGUGACGGCGACCCAGACUGUGAAGAUGGUUCUGAUGAAAGCCCUGAACAGUGCCAUAUGAGAACAUGCCGCCUAAAUGAACUCAGCUGUGGCGCCAGUUCUACUCAGUGUAUCCCAGUAUCCUGGAGAUGUGAUGGUGAAAAUGAUUGUGACAGUGGAGAAGAUGAAGAAAACUGUGGCAAUAUAACAUGCAGUGCGGAUGAGUUCACAUGCUCCAGUGGCCGCUGCAUCUCCAGGAACUUUGUAUGCAAUGGCCAAGAUGACUGUAGCGACGGAAGUGAUGAGCUUGACUGUGCCCCACCCACCUGUGGAGCCCAUGAAUUCCAGUGCAGCACCUCCACCACCUUCUGCAUCCCCCUCAGCUGGGUGUGUGAUAAUGACGUCGACUGCUCAGACCUGUCAGACGAGACCCUGGAAGAGUGUGGCCGCCAGCUCGUGAUGCACACAAAGUGCCCAGCCAGCGAGAUCCAGUGCGGCUCUGGCGAGUGCAUCCACAAGAAGUGGCGAUGUGAUGGUGAUCCUGACUGCAAGGAUGGCAGCGACGAGGUCAACUGUCCUUCUCGAACCUGCCGACCUGACCAGUUCGAGUGUGAGGAUGGUAGUUGCAUCCAUGGCAGCCGGCAGUGUAAUGGCAUCCGAGAUUGUGUGGAUGGAUCCGAUGAAGUCAACUGCAAAAACGUUAAUCAGUGCCUAGGCCCUGGAAAAUUCAAGUGCAGAAGUGGGGAAUGUAUUGAUAGCAGCAAAGUGUGUAACCAGGAGCAGGACUGCAGGGACUGGAGUGACGAGCCCCUGAAAGAAUGUCAUGUAAAUGAAUGCUUGGUUAAUAAUGGUGGAUGUUCCCACAUCUGUAAAGACCUCGUUAUAGGUUAUGAAUGUGAUUGUGCAGCUGGGUUUGAACUGAUCGAUAGAAAAACCUGUGGAGAUAUUGAUGAAUGCCAAAACCCAGGAAUCUGCAGUCAAAUUUGCAUCAACUUAAAAGGCGGUUACAAGUGUGAAUGUAGUCGUGGCUAUCAAAUGGAUCUCGCCACUGGUGUGUGCAAGGCAGUAGGCAAAGAGCCAAGUCUGAUCUUUACCAAUCGAAGGGAUAUCAGGAAGAUUGGCUUAGAGAGGAAAGAAUAUAUCCAACUAGUUGAACAGCUAAGAAACACUGUGGCCCUGGAUGCAGACAUUGCUGCUCAGAAACUGUUCUGGGCUGAUCUAAGCCAAAAGGCCAUCUUCAGUGCCUCAAUUGAUGACAAGGUUGGUAGACAUGUUAAAAUGAUCGACAAUGUCUAUAAUCCUGCAGCCAUUGCUGUUGAUUGGGUGUACAAGACCAUCUACUGGACUGAUGCGGCUUCUAAGACUAUUUCAGUAGCUACCCUAGAUGGAACCAAGAGGAAGCGUCUGUUUAACUCUGACUUGCGAGAGCCUGCCUCCAUAGCUGUGGACCCGUUGUCUGGCUUUGUUUACUGGUCAGACUGGGGUGAACCAGCAAAAAUAGAGAAAGCAGGAAUGAAUGGAUUUGAUAGACGGUCACUGGUGACAGUGGAUAUCCAAUGGCCCAAUGGCAUUACACUAGACUUAAUAAAGAGCCGUCUCUACUGGCUUGAUUCCAAGUUGCACAUGUUAUCCAGUGUGGACUUGAAUGGCCAAGAUCGCAGGAUAGUACUAAAGUCUCUGGAGUUUCUGGCUCAUCCUCUCGCACUAACAAUAUUUGAGGACCGUGUCUUCUGGAUAGAUGGGGAAAAUGAAGCUGUCUAUAGUGCCAAUAAAUUCACAGGAUCAGAACUGGCCACGCUAGUCAACAACCUUAAUGAUGCCCAAGACAUUAUUGUCUACCAUGAGCUCGUACAGCCAUCAGGCAAAAAUUGGUGUGAAGAAGACAUGGCGAAUGGAGGAUGUGAAUACUUAUGCCUGCCAGCACCACAAAUCAACGAUCACUCUCCUAAAUAUACCUGUUCCUGUCCCAAUGGGUACAAUCUAGAAGAAAAUGGCCAGGGAUGUCAAAGUACUGCAACUACUGUGACUUACAGUGAAACAAAAGAUACCAACACAACAGAAAUUUCACCAACUAGUGGAAUAGUUCCUGGAGAGAUCAAUGUGACCACAGCAGUAUCAGAGGUCAGUGUCCCCCCCAAAGGGACGUCUGCAGCCUGGGCCAUCCUUCCCCUCUUGCUUUUGGCAAUGGCAGCAGUGGGAGGCUACCUGAUGUGGCGGAAUUGGCAACAUAAAAAUAUGAAAAGCAUGAACUUUGACAAUCCUGUCUACUUGAAGACCACAGAAGAGGACCUAUCAAUAGACAUUGGUAGACACAGCGCUUCUGUUGGACACACCUACCCAGCAAUAUCAGUUGUAAGCACAGAUGAUGAUCUAGCUUGACUUCUGAAACAAGUCUUGACCUUUGAGGUCUAAAACCAAUAUCCCACUUCGGAAUGGUAACCAAGCCAGCAGCUGAAGUCUCUUGCUUCAUCCAGCCUAGAAGAACAUCAAGAUAUCUCUGUGGAUCAAGCUUGACACAUAUAUAUAUAUAUAUACAUAUAUAUAUAUAAACUUUUGUAAAUAUCCCGUCUAUAUUCUACUUCAGCUUUGGAUGUGGUUACCAAAUAUCUGUAAACCUUGAAUUUCUAGACAGUAUUGCCACCUCUGGCCAAAUAUGCACUUUCCCUAGAAAGCCAUAUUCCAGCAAUGAAACUUGUUCUAUAAUGUGUACCAGCUGUACAUACAAUGUAUAGGCCACCUGUAAAUAUCCCAGAGAACAAUCACUAUUCUUAAGCACUUUGAAAAUAUUUCUAUGUAAAUUAUUGUAAACUUUUUCAAUGGUUGGGACAAUGGCAAUAGGAUAAAACGGGUUACUAAGAUGAAAUUGCCAAAAAAAAAAUUUCUUAACUAAUUUUGUACGUAUGAAUGAAAUCUUUGACCUCUGUGGAGGUUUACAAAGACUGAGUGUUCAAACUAUUGUACAUUUUUUUUCAAGUGCUAAAAAAAUUAAAUCAAGCAGCUUAACCAUG